GCCGUUGGCAAGCUGUCAAAUUUGACAGGUGAACAAGAAGACGAAGAAGAAGAAGAACCGUCAGCACAGACACACUCUCUCACUGCUGCUUACUCAUCCAUCUCUCCACCAGCCAGCAGCGCCAAGCAAAGCCACACACAGACACGCGUACCUCUCCUGUCCUCUCCCUCCUCCUGUCCUGUCCAUCCAUCCACACGCACACGACGUACUUGCAAGCACACGUGUGUGUGUGUGCCUGUGUGUGUAGUUGCGCUUGGGAGCGCUGUAGGAGCUAACGGAAGGUGUUACGCAGGCAGAAGAACCGUCAUCAGCCUCGGGUUUACGCACAGCGUCUUCGGCAUCAGCGUCGUCGUUGUUUGACGCCAAAGCUCGCUGGAACAUCGCUGCAGAGCCAAUAACAAGAGGGCGCCGCCGCCGCCAUGUCCAAAGUCAAGGUCGCGGUGCGCGUUCGCCCAAUGAACGCACGAGAGAUUCAACUGGACACGACAUGCGUCGUUGACAUGCGGGACAAGCAGACCCGCAUCUUGGGUUCGGAUGACCUCCCAAACCACGCUCACAUCAAGGGCGAGAAGACAUUCACCUUUGACCACUCGUUCUGGUCUUUUGACCCCAGUGACGACCACUUUGCUGACCAAGAGUGCGUGUUCCAGCACCUGGGUACAGAUGUCCUCGCCAAUGCCAUGGACGGCUACAACGCGUGCAUCUUCGCAUACGGCCAAACAGGCAGUGGCAAGUCGUACACAAUGAUGGGGUCGGAAUCCGAUCGUGGCGUCAUCCCGCGCCUCUGUCAAACCCUUUUCCAGACAAUCGAGGAGGCGCAGUCCGAGCACCUGUCAUUCAAAGUGGAGGUCACGUACAUGGAAAUCUACAACGAGAAAGUUCGUGAUCUCCUUGGUGAUGUUGGAUCCAACAAGUCCCUCCGCGUCCGUGAGCACAAGAUCCUCGGCCCGUACGUCGAGGGCCUGACGAAGAUGGCGGUGCGGGAUCUGAACACGAUCAUGCAGUUGAUGGAGGAGGGAAACCAGAGCAGAACUGUCGCCGCCACCAAUAUGAACUCCGUCUCCUCCCGCUCACAUGCCGUCUUCACCAUCUUUCUGACGCAGGAGCAGUAUGAUCCGCUGACGAAGCACCGCGGGCAGAAGACAGCGCGCAUUGCACUCGUCGAUCUCGCGGGCAGCGAACGCGCAGGCAAGACUGGUGCCUCUGGUGCUCGCCUGCGCGAAGGAAGCAACAUCAACAAGUCCCUCACAACUCUUGGACUCGUGAUAUCGUCUUUGGCGGACGCUGCAAGCUCCCGGCGCAAGACAAACUUCAUCCCAUAUCGUGACAGCGUCCUCACAUGGCUCCUCAAGGACUCGCUCGGUGGCAACUCCAAGACGGUGAUGGUGGCGACAAUCAGCCCGGCCAUCGACAACUACGAGGAAACCAUGUCCACCCUCAGGUACGCGGACCGGGCGAAGCGGAUUGUAAAUCAUGCUGUCGUGAACGAGGACCCAUCGGCGAAGAUUAUUCGCCAGCUCAAAGAGGAAAUUGAGCGCUUGAAGGCCCAACUUGGCGGCGCGGGAGCGGCGAUGACGGAUGCGGAGCUGUUGUCGCGAAUGCAGGAAAACGAGUCCAUCAUGAAGGAGAUGGAGCUCUCGUGGGAAGAGAAGCUCAAGAUGGCUGAGGAGAAGAUGCGUGAGCGGCAGCGUGCACUGGAGGAGCUCGGCAUCAGCGUCUCAACCCAGGGCGUCGCCAUCGACAAGGACAAGUUCUAUCUCGUCAACUUGAACGAGGAUCCCUCCAUGACCGGCAUGCUCGUGUACCACCUCGAGAUCCCGACGACGAUUGUUGGCAGUGCACGCGACCGGGAUGUGCACAGCAUCGUGUUCACCGGUGUUGGCAUCCGCCCAAAACACGCUGUCAUCACCAUCAACGACGCUGGAGAGGUGUUCAUCGAAUCUGUCGCUGGCGCGGCCGUCACCGUCAACGGCAAGGACAUAUCCUCCUCCGCGUCGCCCGUGCGUCUGCGCCACGGUGCGCGCGUGCUGUUUGGUGCGCGCCACUACUUUCGCGUGGUGGCGCCGCACGCCCCCGGGGACGAGGCCGUGCAGGCGGACUGGCAGACGGCAACGUCGGAGAUGGUCGCCGGCGAGAAGGACGUCAUGCACAUGAUCCAGCAGGCACCGGAGAACAUGCGAGAGAUGAUCCUUGAGCGGCUGCGUGCGUGUGUGGAUGACAUUCGCACGGCCAACAGCAUCUGCACAGACCUCCGCCUCCCGUAUGUGUUUGAGUCGCAGAUCCGGCUGUCUGACGAAGCACUCAUGUCAUCGGCGGUGUCCCUUGAGCGGGCGAGCGAAGUUGCAAUUGUUAUGCACCACAAGGAAUUCGCAUGCAAGCGCGUGCUCACGCUUGAUUCGUUUCGCGGCAAGACGUUGCCCAGCCUGCAAUGGCACUACGAGCGCAGUCUUGAGGGACACGCGUUGGCGAACAUCGAUUCCUUGAUGGAGGAGAACGAGACGGAGCUCAUUGGUGUCGCCCACCUCUUCUUUGCGGGUGUGGGUCACGGCAUGACAGCUGACCUGAAGCUGCCUGUGGUGAACAAAUACGGCAGCAAAGCAGGCAUGCUCACCGUGGAGCUGCACACGUUUGCAAAGCCUGCGGAGGAGGGCGGGCAGGCAACGGGAAGUUCAGCAGGGAUCGAACCAAUCAAGGUUGGCGACACCCUGCGUGUUCUUCUUCGGCUGAAGCGGGCGGAGGACAUUUCAUCCGGCACCAGUCUCCUCGCAGCAGAGGUGCGGGCGCAGGACUUGACGCACGUGGCAGACCACGUGUUGCCGCAGGUGCCGUCGCAGCAGUACAGCUAUCUUGCUGCACACACGCACGAGUUCAUGGGCAGCGUCGCCUUUGCCGUCACCGUCGAUCAGGCCCUGCUCGCCCGUCUUGCGACAGGAUUCAUCCCAAUCAUCCUGCGCGGCAACCGACAGCUUGAGUCGCGCACGGCGCUUGACGACUCCAUCUCCUCCCCCGUCAAAUCCCCACUGCAGGCAGUCGCCCUCAAGUCGACGCGCCUGUCUGACCACGUUGCCCUCGCCCACCGCUGGGCAUACAACAUCGGCUACUACACUGUCUGGUACGAGGUGCUCGAGAUUGACGACAAGGGAAACUUCUCCCCCGUGCACACCACCAUCCCACGAGACGUUGACACGGGCACGCAGCUGCGCCUCCGCCAGGGCAGUGCGCGCAAGAUCAGAAUCACCUUCAAGCUGCAAAGCGGGGUGCACGUACCGUUCCUGCAUGUCCGCAGCGUUCAGAUUGGCAACUUUGCUCUCGUGCCCAAGAGCGAGUUGUUGCGCGGGAGUUCGCACAACGAGCAAGACCUGACUGCGCUACGCCAGGACUAUCUGUCCGCUCUGGAGCAGUCGUAUGACUGUGACAAAUUGCAGGAGGAGCUGCAGAAGAGCGCACAGGACACUGACGGCGAAAUAGACCCAACCGUCUCCAUCAAGUGGAAGGCGUUUAUGAAGGAGAAGGACGCACUCUUCAAUCCGGAACCGCGGUCCGGUCUUCCCGGCGCGGGCGAACUGCAUGUUCCUCGCAAUCGCAUCGGACUGGAGAGCCACCAGGUCGCCGUCUAUGUUUCGCACGGGGAGGAUGGCGCCCCGCUCCCAGAACCCCUCGAGAAUGCGAUGGAUCUGCCGGUGCAGGAGGAGACGGACGCGGCCUCAGACACGUUCGUGGUCGUGGCAACAUGGAGUGCUGACACGGACAACACCAUCCUGCAUGCGGUGACUGCGGACAAGUUCAAGGCGACGGCGUGUGUGCGUAUCACCAUUGAUGUUGAGGGAUCCCCGAAUCCGCUCGUCCUCGACAAAGUCAUCGCGUUCAAGGUGCACAACCGCAAAGUGUCCUUCAAGCCAUCUGGCUGGGAGCGCCUCAAAGAACCUGGUCCACGCAAUUCGCCCCAGGGCUGCGGGCUCUCACUGCAGAUUAUCAACGGCUACCCGGAAUUCCGCAGUGCUAAAGGCGCUGCUGUUGAUGAGACGGCCUCCGAAUCACUGUCGAAGAUGCAGGAGACGUGCAGCAACAUUGUGAAGAUGAGCCGCCUCCAGACGACGAUGGCGUUCCAGGAAAAGUCAAAGGAGAUCCGAAGCAAACUGCGGCGGCAGUCGAUCAUGGGCCACGUGUCCCCACGGCAGGGAUCGCACAACUCCAUCGACCCAAACGACCUCGAAAAGGAGGUGACGCAUCUGCAGACGCUGGUGAACACGAUGCGGUCGGCGGAGUGCGAGCCCGUGCUGUUGCAGAUGCUGGUUGAGCGGCUCACAAACAAGCAGAUGCAGCUCAACACAGGCGACAUGUCAGAGUGGGAGGUGGUGACACGCAACUCACCGUUACUUGCAAGCACAAGCGCUCGCAGCAGCCGGUCAAGUGUGACACGUGGCGCAGGCACAGCAUCGACACCACCGCCGUUAUCGUCGUCGUCAUCGGGACAGCAACAGCGCCAGCAGCAGCACCAGAAGUCUGUGAGCUUGCGAGCAACACCAACACGCAUGCACACGGCCUCAACACCGACCAGGCAAGCGGACGGUGGCAGUGGCCCUUCAUCCCCAUCCUCAGCAACUUCAACGGGUCAUGGCGAUGCCCAUGAUGCAAGCUCCCCUGCCGUGUCCACGCCGCCACGCGCACGCGAGCAACAAGCAGCAGAUGACUUCGGGAUCGAGAAGGAGGAGGAGACGGCCGUGAGCUCCGCUCAACGUCAGCGCGUUAGCGAUGGUGGCAGUCGCGCAAACGAGGACACCGCCCCUUUCACCCCUCCAACAGCACCAGCAGCGCCAACAGGCACAGAAAAGACUGCAGCAAGUGCUGUUACGACAGGGCCAUCUGUGGCGAGCGGCGAUGGCCAUGGUAUUGGUGGUGGCGGCGGCGGUGGCAACGGUGGUGAUGUGCCUGUUGUGGAGAGCGGGGGUGUAACGCCCGCGUCCAUGCGGGAUUUCACACUGCAUGAGUUUAUGGCGGAGGAGGAGGCGGCAAACGGUGAUGGUGAUGAAGGUGGUGCUGGUGGCGGUGAUAGCGAAGCGGUGGAGGAGGAGGAGGAAGAGAAUGGGGGAGAGAAAGAGGAGGAGGAAGAUGAGGAGGAGGAGGAGGAGGAGGAGGAGGAGGAGGAGGAGGAGGAAGAAGAAGAGGAGGAGGAGGAGGAGGAGGAGGGGAAGAGGAGGAGGAGGAGGAAGAAGAAGAAGAAGAACCACAUGAGGUAGAACAGCCAAAGGAGGAGGACGAGGAGGAGGAACAAGAACCACAGCAAGAAGAACAGGAGCCUGCUGAGGAGAAGGUUGCUGAUGCUGAUGAAUCAUCCCCCACGACCAACGUUAGGCUGCUGAAGAACAAGGUGGAGGCGGAGGAGCAGCAGGAGGAGCGACCGCACCGCAAGCUGCCAGAGACGCCAUCAACCCCGCCCGCAACGCGACGUGACGUGCAGCUACAGGCGACCACACCACCAGCAGCAGCAACAACUACAACGACAACAGCGUCUGCUGCUGUUGCUGAGCAAGAGGACGCAUGUGCAUUCCCGCACACACAUGAGCAGACACCAUCGUCGGCAGCACUGGACAAGGCGAGCGAAGAGAAGACCACUCUUCCGCCACAAAAGCAGCAGCAGCAGCAGCAGCAUCAAGAGAGGUUGCCUGCGUCAUCGCGUGUGUCCACGCCUGGUGGCGGCCGCACCGCAGCAAAGGCGAGAACUACCGCGACCCCAACAGCGACGUCGUCGGCCAAGAAGCCAUCAAGGCCAGCGUCAGCAGCAAAGAAGCACGCCUCGACAGCACACGCAGCCAGCACGCCAACAUCCUCCCCCGCGCAUGCGCGAACAGCAACCCCUCCAUCGUCUGGCAAGCCGCACGCCAAGCACACCAACACGAAACACAAGAAGAAGGGCAAGGCGAGCAAGUGGGCGGGUAUUACGGCCAUGCCUGCUGUCGACUACGCCGUUGGGGAUUCCGUGGUGAUUGAGAAUGCGCAGGUGGGCCCAUCUCGUGGGGUUGUUCGCUUCAUGGGAAUGGUUGAGUUUGGCGAGGGCCCCUGGGUUGGCGUGGAACUGCGAUCGCGACCAGGCAAGCACGAUGGCGAGAAGCAGGGUGUGCGUUACUUCACCUGCCCGCCCAGCACGGGCAUGUUUGUGCGCCCAGACCGCGUCAAGAAGCUUCCUGCAUGAGCUCGCACACGUAUGCGUGUGAUUGCGCGCGUUUGUGUGUGUGUGCGUGUGUGUGUGUGCGUGUGUGUGCGUGUGUCGUGUGUGUGAGUGAUAGUGUUCUGUCCUUUUUUUAGGGAGUUUCUUCCACCACCCGACUUGGCUUUUCACCGCCUUCCGUGUUUUGUUGGCCCACAAGUCAUUGCUGUGCCGUGUUGUGCCUUCGCUAGCUUGAUCGUCUGUAACUGUCCGUGCUUUUCAUGUGCUUCUCGUGUUCUUGCUCAUGUGCUUUUCGUUUCCAUUCCGGCGCCGCCGCCAACCCCUCUCUGCGUGCGAGUAACGUGCGUUCCGUUGCCUUAUCGUCAUCAUUCAUUGGCCUUGGUGCACGUGUUCCCCCUCCCACCCCAUUGUUCCUUUGCAUCUGUGUUAGUUCACGCUCUUCCAUCAUCAGUCGUCGUCAGUAAACGCUCCGCUUGA